ACAGCAAAAAGAUACAAAAAAAAACAUUGACCAAAAUUUAAAAACUUUUUUAUAAAAAAAAAACAAACAAAUAAUAAAACUUAACAAAAAAUAAACUGUUUAAAUUUAAGUUUAAAAAUAAAGUGUUUAACAAAAACUUCUAAAAACUAUGGCUUCUUUACAACAAAAACGGCCUUCCAUAUCAAAUUGGUUUUCUUCUCUAAGAAGACAACCGAAAAAUAAAAAAUCAUCCUCCUUAUAUGGAGUAGACAAACAAUAUCAACGUAGCUGUAUCGACUUGCCUUCCAGUACUUUUUAUGUGGGCCCUAAAACGGGCAAAGAUCAGUUUAUUUCUUCCUCCGCAAACUCACCCAUUAGUACUAACUCUACCGAUAAUUUGCUGGAAAAUGAGCGUAAAUCAAAAUCCAAUAUAUGUGCCAGAUGUUGCUGCACGAUCUUGCCGCCCAAAUCAAGAUCUCUAACGCCUCCUUCUUCGCCGAAUACUACCAGCAAUACCAUAACACCAGAUUCCAAUACGCCAACCACUUGUUCACCUGCCAGAUCUCCUUCAAUAAAUCCUUAUAUAAGCAUAGCUUCCUAUAAUAAUACUACACCUACUGCCAUUACACCUUCAACAGAAGCGCCACCCUCGCCUUAUGAUAAUGUUCAGCAGCAGCCUACCAUUUCCUCGUGUACAGUUUAUGAAACUGAAUUGCGUAAAAAUGUGGAAAUGGUACGUUUAGAAUCUUGUGAUUCCGGCAGUCUGGGUUUGUCAGAUGUUCCCAGCUCUCCUUUAACGCCCACUAAACCUACCACGCCCCAAACACCACCCGCCAAUGCUACUCAUAUCAUCAAGAAAACUACAGAAUUCCAGCGCUCUUUAACCACCACCACUACACAGACACUCAUCGUCUCACGACCCAUCGAACUAAUACUCAAUGAAAAAGGUGAAAUUAUUGGCAAAAGACCCAAAUCUUUCGAUAAAACCAUACGCUCCAAUAGUUUGGGUUGUGUAUUGGAUGAAACCAAUGAGCCUGCCGCCCUACCUACCUCCCCGCUAAAUGAAUCAUCACCAUUAAUACUCGACUCACACGACAUAAAAUUCAUCGAUGACUCAUCGACCUCACAAAGUGAAAAUGAACGUAAUUCACAGCAGAGUUGCAAUCAGGAUAUCGCCGAAAAAGAGAAUUACUAUUAUACAUUACCUUCGAAAUUUAAGAAAACACCACGUUCGAAAAGUGUUUCGACAGCGUCGGCGGCAAGUUCACCGCGCACACUGAAGGCUGGCCUUAUGUUAAACAAUAAUGUGGGUAGUUUGUGUGAUGACUGUCGUAUUGUUAUCGAAAGAAAUCGUAAUAAUCGCAAUAUUCAUUAUACGAAUGCACUGAUAACGAAUAGGCAAAUCAAAGAUGAAUUAUGCGAAGUGGUUUCCGAAAUGGAGGCACUCGAUGUGCCCGAAGACUGUAAACAUUCCAAUAAAGAUAAACAAAUGUCCAUUGGACGUAAGAAAUUUAAUAUGGAUCCCAAAAAAGGCAUCGAAUAUUUGGUCGAAAAUCGUUUAUUACGACAUGAUGCACAAGAUGUUGCACAUUUUCUCUACAAAGGUGAAGGUCUUAAUAAGACAGCAAUUGGUGAUUAUUUAGGUGAAAAUAAUGAUUUCAAUAAGGAUGUCCUUAAAGCCUUUGUGGCUUUACAUGACUUUACAAAUCUAAUACUAGUACAAGCUUUAAGACAAUUUUUAUGGUCAUUUCGUUUGCCCGGUGAAGCUCAAAAGAUUGAUCGGAUGAUGGAAUGUUUUGCUCAACGUUAUUGUCAAUUAAAUCCCGAUAUAUUCACCAAUACCGAUACCUGUUAUGUUUUAAGUUUUGCCAUUAUUAUGUUGAAUACAUCAUUGCAUAAUCCAUCGGUCAAAGACAAACCCACUGUUGAACAAUUCAUUUCUAUGAAUCGUGGCAUUAAUAACGGCGGUGAUUUGCCUCGUACCCUACUCGAAUCUCUAUACGAAUCGAUACGAACCGAGCCAUUUAAAAUACCCCAAGAUGAUGGCAACGAUUUAAUGCACACCUUCUUUAAUCCCGAUAAAGAGGGUUGGCUAUGGAAACAGGGAGGAAGAUACAAAUCCUGGAAAAGAAGAUGGUUUAUAUUAAACGACAAUUGUUUAUAUUAUUUCGAAUAUACGACGGAUAAGGAACCUAGAGGGAUAAUACCAUUAGAAAAUAUAUCGGUUCGCGAAAUUCAUGAUCGCAGUAAACCAAAUUGUUUUGAAUUAUUUGCUACUGGUGGAGCAGAUAUUAUUAAAGCAUGUAAGACUGAUUCAGAAGGCAAGGUGGUUGAGGGUAAACAUACUGUCUAUCGUAUGUCUGCCGCUACCGAAGAAGAACAACAAGAAUGGAUAAAACGUUUAACACAAUCCAUUAGCCAUAAUCCUUUCUACGAUAUACUAGUACAAAGAAAGAAAAAAGCUUUAAGUAAAAGUUAGUAUUAGCUUUAAAGAACUACGACAACAGAAAUGCUAUCGCAAAACCAUUAAACAUAUUACUUUAGAAGAAGCGUUAGAGCAAAAAACAAACUCCUCAUUAUUUAAAUUUUGAACUAAAAAAGAAAACCAAGUGCAAAUUAUUUGACUUUUGCUUUGAGGAUCUCAUAAAUUGUUUGUAAACAUAAUUUAUGCGCUAACAUUGAAAGGAUUUAGGUUAAUUUAACAUAACACCCCCCAUUAUGAUCACAUCUUUAUAUCAAAUUUAACAAAAAGGAACAAACGUUUUCGUACUCCACUCUUCUCAUGUUGUUAUUAAGUUUUAGUUGAAAUUUAUAAAAUAUUUUUCCAAAUUAUAGGUUUUUGUUUACAUUUUUCUUAUAAUUUAUUUUCUUGUUCUGUUUUUAAUAAUUCGUUUUUUGUAAAAACCUUUUAUGU